AUGGGCUUUUGGAAGCGCGUUUUGUUGACCUACAAUGAGUUCAAGCCGAGAGGCGCCAAACCGCGUGACGCGGAACAGAUCCGGAAAAAGUUUGGGAGGAUUCUGACACCCACCAGAAAGUUCGCGGGCAUCUACGGCAACAACCUUCUCAACGCUGAGAGUGGCCGCAACGAAGCCGACGUGAAGGCUCUGUCUGUGUCCCAAUACAAUGCGCUAUGGAAGCCUAAGUUCACCCACUGGGAGGAGUUUCUCGUUCUCGAGAACUGUCCGAAAUUCAAGUCCAUCUGUGCAGAGGAGACUGAAGGUUCCUCCCGCUACUCGGCAUUUGCGUCUGGUUCGCACAGCGCGCAGACGCCUUCUGGAGCUCAGUCCGUGGACCCUGGGCCCCAUGUGGUCUUGAACAGGAACCUGAAUGUGCAGUUGAUGAAACAACUGCAAGAGAACUACCGUUUCUACGAGUCCGCCACCGACCCGAUCACCAAGGCGAUAUACUAUGAGCUCAUGUGUAGGAUCAGAGAGGAUCUGGGGCUGACUGGUUCAGCGGUGCCGAGUGCGCAGGAGGCAAGGGCGGCGGGGGCAGGGGCGGCGGCGCCAGCGGAAGUGGGCGACGAAGAAGAGGCGGAGGAUUCCAACUCCGCCACCGAGUAG